CAUUCUUUUUCAGUGAAAAUGACAAUCAAUCUGUUUUAUGCAACUUUAGCCUAAAUAAUGUAAUAAUCUAUUCUCUUCCUCUAGUUGACUUGGUGUAUGAUCAAAUGUAGAACAUAUUUAAUAUACAAAGAAAAACACAUUAAAUUUGAAAUUCCCAACAAAUAAUACUUUACCUGGGGUUGCUUCACCAGGGAAGUAAGUUACAAGGUCAAACACCUCGAGUAUCUAUCAAGAUUUCCUUAUAAUGGUUCACUAUGUGCUCAUAGUUCAAACUAAGAGAAAAAGUUAAUGGAGAAAAACAAAUUUCUAUUAAGUUUAGUACUGAUACUUUUGUUGCCGUAUGUAAAUUCAACGACAUCAGGGCCUAAAUGGCCUAAAGCUUUGAAGCACUUUGUGCUAGUUCAUGGCGCGUGUCACGGAGCAUGGUCUUGGUACAAGCUUGUGGCACUGAUAAGAUCUGCAGGACAUAAUGUCACAGCUAUUGACUUGGGUGCUUCAGGGAUCAACCCGAAGCAGGUCCUCGAAGUCUCACAUAUAUCAGACUACAUUAGUCCGCUAAUGGAGUUCAUGGCUUCUCUUCCGGCACAUGAGAAAGUGAUUCUUGUAGGCCAUAGCUUUGGCGGGUUGGCCAUUUCUAAAGUCAUGGAAAGCUUUCCAGAAAAGAUUUUAGUUGCUGUAUUUGUCACUGCUCAUAUGCCUGGUCCGACUCUAAAUGCAAACACACUCUUAACCAAGUCAUCCAGUGGAAUGGUAUCUCAACUUGAUAAUCGUGUUACAUACGAUAAUGGACCCAGCAAUCCUCCAACAACAUUCAUCUUUGGUCCAAAGUACUUGGCAAGAUAUGCUUAUCAGCUGAGCCCAAUUCAGGAUUGGACGCUGGCUACAACACUGACAAGGCCGCUAUUUCUUUACAGUGAGGAAGACAUAUCAAAAGAUAUGGUACUUUCAAGCAAAAGGUACGGAACAGUUAGGAGAGUGUUCAUUGUGGCUGCUGAAGAUAAAAUUCUACAGAAGGAAUUCCAGCAGUGGAUGAUAGAAAAGAACCCUCCAGAUGAGGUGGAACUAAUCUUAGGCUCUGAUCACAUGGCCAUGAUGUCUAAGCCCCUUCAACUUUUUACUCUUCUUCUGCGCGUUGCUCACAAGUGACAAGCAUCUUGAUUAGCCUAAUCCAGCUUGUGAAUUCAUAUUCAAGAAUAAAGUACAUUGAAAUAAAUUUUAAAAUCUCUCUUUCACUUGUGUGAUAUUGCUAAAUCGGGUUUUUGGAAACUGGUGCCUUCCUA